AUGGCGUGGACAAUGCAAGCCACCGUGUUAUGCCUUCUGUUAAAACUCAACUUGGCCCAGGCUGAUUUUACGGACGCAGUUGAAUAUAUAUAUGAUAACGCUCAAGCCAUUAGGCUGCUCUUCUUAGAUAAACAGCCGCUUUACGUGGUCGGAGGUACAUUUGCUGAAGACCCUCUUUUGAGGAAAAAUUCCGGAAUACCUUUCAAGUGCGGAAUUGUACAAAUGGGGAAACUUUCCGAAAAGAAAUUCUCACUGCAGCGGCGGAUUUAUACCGCGAGACUUCCGGGAAAAUGGUUAAUAACGACGUAUGAUAUGAAGCCAAAUCAAUCGGAGGGAUAUCGUGUUCCCAACUGCAUGGAUGCCUACAGACACCAAGGAAAUACACAAAUAUAUUCCGGAAGAAUGUAUCUCUUGUUGUCUGACCGCAGCUCAUGCGCUCUUUUUUACCAUAAACAAUCAGGUGACUGCGAGCUUUGGGAAAGUAAGCGUCCGAAAAAGAAUGAACUACCUUCUUCUUUCUGCUCAAAAUAUCUUGGCGCAUGCAACAACAAACAUUUCAUUUGGUACUACAAAUUCUCUGAGUGCUUCAACUAG